GCUACCGCUUCAACGGUCUGAGAAGGUCGGUGUGACCGAACGCGGAUACAGUCGUUGUAAGAAGGAUGAUAUCGUUUGGUGCGCGUGCCGGGGCUUUUUCCCCGUACUUGCAGGCGACAAAUUUUGCCGUGGCAGGGCCACUGAAGCCUCUCAUUCCAGCUUUUGCUGUGAAAAGUGAAAAUGUACUGCUCGACCUGAAGAAACCGUUUCUGUGUCGCGAGUCUUUAAGCGGCCAGUGUCCAACGAGAGGGCCCACAGUCAGCCUCGGCCUCAGCGCUCCUGGUAGCAUCCGUUUUGCCCACACCGACAUCAAGGUUCCAGAUUUCUAUGAUUAUCGGCGGCCUGACGUGCUUGACCCCAAGAAAUCUUCUCGAGAUAGUGAUGAGUCAAGAAAAGCCUUCUCUUACCUGUUCACCGGUGCGACAGCUGUGAUGGGUGUCUAUGCUGCCAAAACUGUGGUCACUCAGUUUGUCUCCUCAAUGAGUGCCUCAGCUGAUGUGUUGGCCUUGUCGAAAAUCGAGAUCAAGCUCGACGACAUCCCCGAGGGAAAGAACAUGACCUUCAAGUGGAGAGGCAAGCCUCUCUUUGUCCGUCACAGAACGGCAAAGGAGAUUGAAGCAGAGGCAGCAGUCAACCUUGCAGAAUUGCGAGACCCACAGCAUGAUAAGGAUAGGGUCAUGAAUCCAAAAUGGGUCAUCGUGAUUGGCGUUUGCACUCAUCUUGGCUGUGUUCCCAUUGCAAACGCGGGUGACUAUGGUGGCUACUAUUGUCCUUGCCAUGGUUCCCAUUACGAUGCAUCAGGUAGAAUUCGCAAAGGACCUGCACCUCUUAACCUGGAGGUACCUUAUUAUGAAUUUGCUGAUGAUGGAAUUGUUAUUGUGGGUUAGAUGAAAAAGUGUACUGUUAGAUCUGUAUGUGAGGUUUCUCAGAUUUGUUGCUUUAACCAUCUUUGUUUCCUCUGAGGUUAAAGUAAAUCUGAUUAAUAAAUUUUACUUCAUCCAGAACAGCUUUGUUUAUUUAUUGAGCUAAAUCCUAGCUGGUAUUAGAGGGCAAAUCUUUAAGGCCAAAAGAAAUAUAUUACACUUGUAUAAGAAAAAGGGUUGAGUGAGGUGUGUGGGCACUGAGGGAUUGAAACUAGAUUCCCCUUCCCCUGAAGUUUUUAACGUUUAGACUUUGAGAGCACACAAUGAUUAUCCCCCCAACUUGAUUCUUUGUAUCACCAAAGAGAAGCCAAAAGUUUGAAAAGAAAUACCGGGUCGUAUUUGUGAUUGUUUUGAGAAGAAAAUCCAACACCAGUUUCUAUUUGAACAUUUAGUAAGCACUCAUAAGGUGUUCCAGGCUCCACAAUAACAUACUCGAUAAUGUGAGAACGUGUACGGCAUAACCAAACAUUUUCCACUAGUUGACUGUGCAAAGAGUUGUCUGAAGUGAUGGUACUCGUAAAACAGAAGUUCCCAGGAGGCCGUCAUAGACGGCAUUUGGAAUGAUUACUCAGUGGUUGCUGUAGUCUUCGUUAUUAUGUAUGUUCAAUUGUUUGUUUGGACGUUUUGUAAAAAAAAAAAAAAUCAAAGAAUGAGUUUUUUUGUGCUUUUACCUUAUAAAUGGUAAUUUGACCAUUUCAUUGAAAAGUAUUUAACAGAAGUUUAGUUUUCCUGUUACUGUCUUACACACUAGUGUUCACCAGGUAUAGAAUUUGUCAUUCUAUGAUUUCAAAGUCAGAUGUUAUUUAAAGGCUGUACUGUAUAAUUUGCAGUCAAAUUGAAACUGUCUCAAUACAUUAAUUCAGUACAUCCAUAUCAAGUAAAGAAUGUAUUUUCCAACUGAAAAGAACAAAGUCUUUGUUCUACCUCGGGCCCAGAAACCACUUUAGAUGCGCAGUCUUUUGAUGCGUAGCGCCUGUUUGUUAUUAUGAACCUUUUUGUGUCACUCAAAUUUUUAGUAGGCUUUACUGGGGUUGGUUUGUAACUAUGGGUUGCACUUAAGUUGGAUGUUCGUAACUUGGAGACUACCUGUAAUUUAAAAAAAAAAAAAUAAAGCUUCCAUCAUUGUUACCAUCACUACAUUGUUCUUGGCAUUGCUGAUUGGGUUUUCCGUUUUGAACAUCCAUGAUAUGUCUAUGCUGGUAUUAAGAAUUCUGACAUCCUCACAUGCUACUAUAUAACUCAUCAUUAAGAACAACAGACCUGGGCUCUUUUCUGUGAUGUGUGUCAGGUGAUCCUGUCACAUGUGGGAGAUGAAGGUGUCCUUCAUUUGAAGUCACUGACUUCUUUGAGAUAGUCAGAUGGAAGCACCACCUGCAGUUGUAAGUGACCUGCUUGAGACAUGGAGACUAUAAAGAUAAGGUGGGAAAGUGAUGCAAGGAGGGGAAGAAGGAUGGCAGUCAUUUAUUCACAUAUUGCUCUUAUUUUGGUAUCUCCCUAAGGGGUCUGACUGUCUACUUUUA